CCUCGAGUUACGAGUGCUGCAGGGUGGGCCGCGCCAGCCCCUGCUCCCGCGCAGCGAUUCUGCAGGUGGUGUCAGCGGCGGUGGCGAUGACAGCGACUGCAGCAGCAGCGGCGGCGGCGACCCCGCCUGGCAGCGGCAGCAGCAGCAGCCCCGCCGACUCUGCCGCCGCCGCCAUCUUGACAACCAACAGACGCCGCUACCCUCGCAACGGAAACUAGGGAGCAAGAGCUGGGGGAGCCCAGUUCGGGGGUGGGGGGAGGGUUGGAGGGGAGCGAGGACACCGAACACCUCGGGGGAAGGGGGCGGGUCCGCGACCGAGACAGCGGCCAAUCCGAGACGCCGGUUUGGCCUCGCGGGGCUCCCGCGGGCCGCAGAGCGGGGCGUCGAGGGAAUUUUGGGGUAGAACAGAGAACGUCCUAGAGAAGCGGCCUCUGUGACGGAGUUGGGCCUUCCUGCUCUUAGAGGAAUACUCGGUUCUUCCUGACGAAAGAUGUGGAUGGGUGGAUUCUUCAGCGAUUAAUAUUCUUGAAGAAUUAUCCAAUAAAGGAAGCAAAAGUAACCCUAAUGAUACUGCGCAUAAGGAAAAUUGUGGUGAAUCAUGUACAGUUCAAACUAAAAUUACACGAGAAGAGAAACAUUUCAUGUGUAGGAAUUUGCAGAGUUCCAUUGUUUCCUAUACAAGAAGCACCAAGAAACUACUCAGAAACAUGAUGGAUGAACAGCAAGCUUCUUUGGAUUAUCUAUCUAAUCAGGUGAAUGAGCUUAUGAAUAGAAUCCUUCUUUUAAAUACAGAAGUUUUCAGAAAAUAUCUGGAUCCCUUUCCCCAUAGACCAGUUCAGGCACAUGGUUUGGACUGCACUGAUAUUAAAGAUACAAUUGGCACUGUAACAAAAACUCCAAGUGGUUUGUACAUAAUACACCCUGAAGGCUCCAGUUACCCUUUUGAGGUAAUGUGUGACAUGGAUUAUAGAGGAGGUGGAUGGACCAUGAUACAGAAAAGGAUCAAUGGAGUAAUUGAUUUCCAAAGGCUGUGGUGUGAUUAUCUGGAUGGAUUUGGUGAUCUUUUAGGAGAAUUUUGGCUAGGAUUAAAAAAAAUAUUUUAUAUUGUAAAUCAAAAAAACACCAGCUUUCUGCUACUUGUGACACUGGAAUCUGAAGAUGAAACAUCUGCUUAUGCAUCAUACGAAAACUUUUGGAUAGAAGAUGAAACAAACUUUUUUAAGAUACACUUAGGACGCUAUUCAGGAAAUGCAGGUGAUGCAUUCCGUGGUUUCAGAAAGGAAGAUAAUCAAAAUGCAGUGGCUUUCAGCACUUAUGAUGUUGAUAAUGAUGGAUGCCGCCCAACAUGCAUGAUUGGUAGUCAAUCAGUCAAGAGUUGUAGUCACUUUAAUAAUAAGACGGGUUGGUGGUUUAGUCAGUGUGGCUUAGCAAAUCUUAAUGGUGUUCAUCAGUAUCCCGGAAAGUUGCUCACAUCUGGAAUUCACUGGGGUACAUGGGUUAAAAACAAUUCACGGAUCAGACUCAAAUCUGUUUCAAUGAAAAUACGAAGAAUUUACAAUCCACUUUUCAAAUAAUUAACCAUAAAACAAUAAUAUAUUAUUUUGCACAUAAUAUAAUACUAUUCUUUUCAAAUGUCUGUAUUUCUUUUAUCAAAAAAAAAAAAAAAGAGCUUACAUUUAUAAAGUACUUUAUGGUUUAAAAAGCACUUUUCCUCACAAUAACCCUGGGAGGUAUAUUGUGUAAGUAUUAUUAUAUGCAUUUUAUGGGUAAGGAAAUGAGGUCAGAGAGAUUAAUGACUUCUCCAAUGCCACUUAACUGGUUAAGUGUUAUAGUGGAAACAUGAAUUUGAAAUCUCCUAACUCUAAAUCCAAAAUUUCAUUUAUGUUAUAUUUGGAAUCUGCUUAUUAUGGAGUCCAUUCUAGGCCUCAGUUUUUAAGAAGUAAAAGUUUAGCCUAAAAUGAUAAGUGACAUAUAGUAGAAACAUUAACAAUAUACAAUUAGCUCCUUUAAAAAAAGCUGUUUAGCUUCUGUCCAGCUUAUUGGAUCUUUUAAUUUCUGGGUUUUCUCAUUGAUUCUUCUUAUUGUAUAACAAAUAAGACUAUUUUCAUAAUAGAAUGUAUCUUCAAAAUAACAUUGAAGGAGAAAAUGUCUUGAUGGCAAGAAUUAUGUUUCCUUUUUCUUAGUGUCUGAUAUAUAGUUAUAUAUACACAUAUAUCAUAGGAAUAUCUGUUGAAUAAAUAAACUGUAAAAUACUUGUAAGAAAACUUUUCAAGCAUCCUCAAGGACUUUAUAGGGGUCAAUUUACAUAAAAACUAUACAUUAAUUAGAAUUCUAUGUUGUUUAUUCUGAAGGACUAUGUUUUAAAAGGUGAUAGGUUGAAUCUUGCUAACCUACUUUGAAUAGUUGGAAAUAAUUAAGUUGUAUUUCUUUUAAAAAUACUUUUCAAUUCACUUUUACUAUCCAAAUUAAUUUCCCUACUUUCCACAUAGUUAAAAAUUAUCGAAAUUAUACAUAUGUAGUCAGAUAUUAUGAUUAUGUAAAAUUGCAAUUUCUAGGAAGUAUUUUCUUUGGCACUGGAAACAGCCAUAGUGAAAUAACAUAAUAAAACUAUCAUGCUUAUCUUUA